AUGAGGAGGCCCGAAAACCGCAAAUACCUGGAAGUGGAGGUGGAGACCCAGGGCCGGAAGAGCAAGCUUCCAGACUGCCUUGCCCGGCUCAGCGUUCCUGUAGCAACAACUGGGGCGUGCGUCACGGCGCUUGCGCAGUUCUUUGCCCCGCCCCAGACCCUGACUACCUCCGACUGGGUUACUAACCCUUUGGCAUCGCUCCUUAGAAGCGGCGUGAGACGUGUGCAGGCCCCUUCCUCUGUCUGCAUUUCAAAUCCACACGCCCCUCCCGGGCGCCUGCCCUCUGGCGUCCUGGCUGCCAGAGUCGCACCUGGCCCGGCGGUGGCCUGGCUGCUCCUCUGGAUGGCGACUGGGUCACCCAGCACACCAGCCUCUGCUUUCACUGAAGUCCCUUCCGAUUUUGGCAUAAGGACCACUUGUUCAGAAAUUACCCUGAGGCUAGAAGCUUUGAAAAAUGGUUUUCACAGAGACCUUAUAGUAAAAGUGAAAUUUGGAGAAAGUAUUGAGAAUUUACAGACGUGCCAACUCUUAAUUAAACAGUCUAUUCCUUCAGGAUUAUUUGUGGAUCCAUAUGAGUUGGCUUCAUUACGAGAAAAAAACAUAACAGAGGCAGUGAUGGUUUCAGAAAACUUUAAUAUAGAAGCUCCUAGCUAUUUGUCCAGGGAAUCUGAAGUUCUCAUUUAUGCCCGACAAGAUUCGCAGUGCAUUGAUUGCUUCCAAGCAUUUGUGCCUGUGCACUACCGCUACCAUCAGCCACAUAGUGAAGAUGGGGAAACUGUUAUUGUGGUCAAUAAUCCAGAUUUAUUGAUGUACUGUGACAAAGAGUUACCAAUUUUGAAAUGCUGGGCUCAGUCAAAAGUUGCAGCUCCUUGUUCUUUGAAGACUGAAGAUACCUGCCAGUGGAACAAUAUGAUGUAUAAAUCAGUAUAUAAGAAUGUGAUUCUACAAGUUCCAGUGGGACUAACUAUACAUACCUUUUUGGUAUGUUUUGUGACUCUGCUUGUUACAGUCUUGUGUUCUACAUUGAUCCUUGUAGCUGUUUUAAAAUAUGGUCAUUUUUCCUUAUAUUUGUAUUGA